ACAUUACAUAGUGCAUUACUUGACCUGCAUUCACUUUUCAAGGUAAUGGCUAUGACGGGAAUAGUGAGGGUGUGGUACCGGUGGUACCUUCGGACCCAAUACAAGUAUUGAGAAUCACUGAGAAUAGAUUUAAAUGGUAUCCAACAACAACAAGGAUUGUAUACAUACAAGCAACGCCACGACCCCGCGAUGCGUAUACAUAUGUCACUUAUCGAAGCUUGAAGUUGAGCUUUAAAUAUGACGUCACGCGAUUUUCUUGGGUACCAUAACCUGUUAAAAGAAGGACUGAUUUCCACUUAGCUUGCUGUCAAAUUUUUAUGCAAUCAACUAGCAUUACAUGCAAUUAAUUACUAAAACCAGCCAUGUUUUUCUUGGUAGUCACCAUUGCGUAGAAUAAAAUCGGACAAUCAAGAUACAAUUUUAAAUACAAAGAUUUGAAUUAAUUAUGGGUGACGACGUAACGACUUGUCGUGUCCUAAACAAACAUGAUGAUCAAUUUAUCAUACUAUUCACCGAAUGGUUAAAAUCUAGCUUCAAGACUACAGUCUUCAAUCUCAAAACCAGCUCACUUGGAGAGAUGAGCACAUCUCAGGUAGACAAUUUUGCUACUAAUCGCAACAGGACACGUGAUGAGUAUCUGAAGGAGGCAAGGAUUGCUCUAUCUGGGAAAGAUAAGACAAUGGAGUUUAUUUCAACUGAACAAAAAUUGCGAUGGAAAUCUGGGGCUUGGAACCACGGGAUAAUGGAAUUGAAGCACGUACCGCUACAGGAGGUUUCUCUGCAGAUACUAGAGAAAUUAGUGACACGACAAACCUUCUUGGAAAGCAAAGUUGAAGAGCUCAAAAAAGAGAAUGAUCAGUCAAAAGCUACAAUAGAAAGAUUAAAUGAAAAACUGGAAGCUAUGACAAAUUUAAAAAACAGCAUGGAGCAAACAUUAUACGAGAGAUUCUUGGAAGUUCUCAACUCAAAGAAGGCAAGAAUUCGAGAACUGGAAGAACAGUCAAAAAAAUCAUGCACCCCUGGUACUAGCGAAUCGGUAUUUGAUGCAGACACUGAUGGAAGCGAAACCUCUGAUCAAGAUGGAACAGAGAAUGGAGUACCAGAAUGGAACAAAUCCAAGGAAAAGUGCAAUUCUACAUUAUUUCCACUAAAAACUAGUGCUUCCGGUAGCAAUAUUAGAAAGGAAAAGUUUUCGAAGAGGCAAAUGGAAGAUGAUGAUGAAAAAAUGAUAGAUUCAGAUUACGAGGAAACAAAAAGGAGGCAGAAAAAUCAUAGACCCGUUGCUUCUAAGCCAUCAUCUGAGUCCAACGGACUAAAGGUCUCAAAGUUUCCAGUCAAUAAACCAUCGACGAGUAAAAAUUAUAAUGAUAUUGAAGCUGACAAAGUAGAUAGUAACAAAGUAGAAGGAAAUGUUGUGGUUCGAACUACUGAGAGUACUUCAAAAAUAAGCAUGCUGAAUCUUACCAGCGAAGAAUCCGAGGAAGAUUUAUUUGCCUGAGUCUUGGAAAAUUGACUGAGAAAGAGUCGCAUGCUAUAUUUCGAUCAAGUCAUUAAAUUUUAGUAGUUAAAUAUAUCCAUUUUCUAAUAUAAGAAAAUGUUACAAGACAAAGGAUGUAUAUCAGAGUAAUAGUAAAUUCUAUUAGCUUAAGUUGUAUAAAUUUUGUUUAUAUUAACAAAAAUGUAUAGAAAUCAAUCUAGUUGCAAACAAGUUUUUACCAUAUACAUGAUCUACUUAAAAUUGAAGAUUUUUAUUACAUACGUUUUAGAUAGUAUUUAUUUUCCUCCCACUGUUUUAGUUGUCAAACACAUUCCUUGAUGAAAAUUUUAGUGGCCUCCUAGUAUUGAGUAGUAGAGUGUCACAUUAUUACCAGACUGUAAAUAAAAUUUAGUUGAAGGCAUCAA